AAUGAGAGGAGAGGUGGAUCAUCUCUUCAAUACGUAGCGAGAGAUCGAUAGCUGAUGAGAACAUAGUCAGAAUUUGAUAAACGCUGAACUUCGCCUCUCGGGAGAUAAAACCGUUUCGAGAUCAUCUAUGUGAAACUAGAGAGACUUUCAUGAAAUAGAAAGAGAAACGGGAAGAGAGAAAGAGAAAGGCAAAGAAGAGCAAGCGUCUCUUAGGUGGGGGUUGUUGGAGCAAAAGAGGGAGGCUCUUUACGAGGGAGGAAGGGAGAGUCGCGGGUUGAGUGUGGUAAUUCGAAAAAUAAGUCUCCGCGGGCGACAAGCACACUUGACCCAAGCACACUCGAAUCGAAAGGGUCGAGCACUUGGGAAUAACAAUUAAUAACGCCAGUCGGCCUACCAGCGAUCCUCUGGCUGCUCGAGAGCCCCCAGAGAUUAUGUGAACGCGGAAGACAUCUAGCAUUCGUCGGUCGAUUCUCCGCUCCGACGUGUCGGCGACGCUGGUAACGAGCGAGAGUGACAGUUGAGUGAUUGAGAAAAUUCGGUGUAUAAUCUUUUAACUUCAAUAAAUUCGUAAAAGGUGAAAAAGAACCACAAAAAUUAAAAAAGAAAAUGCAAGAUAGUGGAAUUUGGUGACCAUUCGUAUCAUGUGACGCGACGAGCUUUCUCAUGUGUGCACACAAUCGACGAUGAUCGUAAUUAUGAAGAAAAAGAUUGAAAAAAUUUAAAAGAGAGACGAUUAGAGAGAGUGUAGAGAAAAAUCAUUUUUUAGACAGUUUUCAUCGUAAUCAUUGCAAGAUCCGCGAGAAAGCUCGUAGUAGCGAAAUACGGACUGAUGGAGGACGAUAAGCGCAGCGAAGCCUCGCCGAAACUUUCUCAACCGACUCCCUUCAGCAUCGCCGACAUCCUAAGCCGGAGAACCUCCUGCGCGGACUCGAGAAGAUGCGACUUGGAGAAAAUCCAGGCCGUGGUUUCCGCACCGAUGAGAAGACACAAUCGGGAUUACGAGCGCGUAGCAGAGAACGAGCAGCUCGACGGCAACUACGAUCAUGAUCAGGUGAUUCAUUAUCCGAGAUUGCCCACCCCGGAGCUGAAUAUGGCGCACGAGCUGGAUAUCCUGAGAAGGAAUCUGGCGGAAGCAAAUUUAUCAAAUUUUGGAAACAUCCCGCACUUAACCCAGGGAACUUUCAAGCAUCAUCUCGAGACUCUGGAAAAUCUGACGGCGUAUCAGCCUGUUAAGGAACCGAUGGAGACUUCUCACAGACAGCAGGACGAAGCGUUGGACAUGAGUAAAAACAAGUAUUUAGAUGAAGUGGAAGACGACGCAUACGAAACGCAAAAUUCGGGGCAAAGUUUGCAGAAUAGAAAAAAGCGCAGCAGAGCAGCAUUCUCGCAUGCGCAAGUCUAUGAAUUAGAAAGAAGAUUUGCCGCUCAAAAAUAUUUGUCGGGUCCAGAGAGGGCGGAUCUGGCACGCGGCUUGAAAUUGACGGAGACGCAAGUCAAGAUCUGGUUUCAAAAUCGACGAUACAAGACCAAGCGGCGCCAAGAGGAAUUAGGCGCCCUCGUUAAUUCUGGAAGCGCCAGGCGCGUGGCUGUACGCGUCCUGGUACAUCCGGACGAGCAUUUGAGGGGAUUGCCUCUUCGUGGUUCCGGACAACUUCCCGGCCAAAUGUCGGGCCCGCAAAUUCACCCCGCGAACAAAGCGCUCAGCGGUUUCCCAUAUUACUGUCUCCCGUAUCAUCCGCUACUCUGUCCGCCCCUGCACGCCACCCACAUUCAGGUACAAAGCCCGAUCGCGCCUGAUUUCGAUCCGAAUCAAAUCUCGAAAAUCAAGAACGAGAAAUGAACGAUAGAUCGCUCGUGAAAUUUCGAGUAUCGUUUCAUAUCACCAAGAUGGUCACUUUUGUGCAUGAUGUAAAAUACAAUCAUUUAUAGAAUAAUGAUAUCUUAGUAUCGCGAAAUAUCGUGACUUUAUGACUGUCUAAAAAUGUGUUUAAUGACUUGAAACAACAGCAUGCUCAAUCACGCAAUUAAGUACGCAGAAAUCAUGAUCAUCAAAACUGAUCUACAGCGCAAAUGAAUUUCAAUGUCAAAUUUAUUCCGGCGAAAAGAAUGUAUAAUUAUUUAACAAAUUGUUCAUUUAAUAUAAAGAUAUAAUUUAUAGCUGAUAUCCAGAUUUGUCAUAUAUUUGCAAGAGAAAAAAACACGAUAGAGUCAUCUUUUAUAUGGUUCAUGCAUUAUACUUUACAUGUAAUGGCAUAUUUUUCUUGAAAUAAAAAAAAUAGAUUUAAUGAUUCUAAAAAAAAAAAGAAAAAAUAAAAUAUUUUGUAACAUUAACAUCUCAUGUCCACAAAUCCAGUUUAUUAAUGUUAAAAAUUCAAUCAAGAACCACCGAUACAUCAGUCAAUCAAAUCAAAUCAUCAAUGAAAUUUUUAAAUAUUUAUUUUUUAAAUUAUGAGGCUCUUCACGAAAAAGUGUAUCUUGCAUCUUUUUUAUAAUAUCAUAUCAAAGGAUAUGUUCAAAAUACGACUACACCUAUACUAAAUGUUACUAACAAGUUAUGAUAUUUUUCAGUAGCUUAUCUAUAAAAUACGCUCUCUUAACACGUUACUGUUAAGCCUUUCGAUUGUAUUUCAAUAUAUGAGCACUUCAUACAAAAAGUCUGUUUGUUAGAAUCAUAAUAAUAUGCAUAAUAAUUGGAUUUACUACUCAUCUAAUCGAGCUGUCUGAAAUUAUCAUAUAUUUAUUGUAAUUCAAUGACGAUAUAAAAGUGAUGUAAAUUAGCCUGUAAAUAAAUGUAUAAAAUACGAAAUAUUGAUAUUGAGUCUCCUCUAUUUCCUCUAUUAUCUGGGAUAUUAAACUUUAAACUUAAAAAAAAUGGAAAAACUAAAAAAUAAAGUUUUCACAAUCUACUAAUUUAAUGUUUUUUUAUUGACUCUUAUGUAUGUUCUUUAACUUUAAAGUUUCAUAUCUCGAAGGAAAACAGAGAUGAUAUUGUAUGCAACUAUUAUAUUGUAACAUGCCAAAUGACAUCUAGUGCUUUUUACACAAAUUGGGAGAGUAUUGGCAGACGUAUAAAUUGCGACGCAUGAUUCUUAAGUGAAAACGGAAAAUGUGUUCUUCAAAUUACCUCUAAAACAUGUGCAAUUACUAGCGGACUGUGUGCAAUGUAUAAAAAGUAUGAAUUAAAUAUCUAAUGCUAAUGCAAUUUGUUUAAUGUGCGUCACGAGUGUACUAUGUUCAAAUUCAAUUUAUUGUUUAA